UAACUCCCCAUCUUACACCUAUAUAAUACCCCAUUGUAUGUAGUAUUUUACAACAUAAGUAAUCAGUGAAAUAAUAUUUCUCUUCUUCAAAAAUUCUUCUAUUUUCCUCUAUCAAAUAUAGUACGAUAUGGAAGUUCUUUGUCAAGCCCCAGCUGGAAACUCAAAUUUUGCCUGUAACCCCAAAUUUACAGCAAUUAGAACCAGAGCAAUUUCUAGCAAUGACACAUUUAAAGUAAUUUCCAGUACUGGCAACAACAAGAAAAUGAAGGGCGCGAUACGUACUUCGAUUCCAAAACCAUCAGCAUUGCCAUUGAAGGUCUCACAAUUAUCUCCAUCAGCUGAUUCAAUGCCUGUUCCAGCGUCUUUGCAGGACGUCGAGGCGGGGAAGUUGAUAGAGAAUAAUCCAUCAGGGGGCGAUACAGAGGAAUUGUUUCAGUAUCUUGUUGAAAUAUUGGCUUCUAGAGUGUAUGAUGUAGCAAUUGAUUCCCCCUUGCAAAAUGCAGCUAAGCUUUCCAAGAAGCUUGGAGUUAACUUUUGGAUCAAAAGAGAGGAUAUGCAGUCCGUGUUCUCGUUCAAGCUUAGAGGAGCUUAUAACAUGAUGACCAAACUCUCAAAGGAGCAGUUAGAAAGAGGGGUUAUAACUGCUUCAGCUGGAAAUCAUGCACAAGGUGUUGCAUUAGGUGCUCAGAGACUUAAAUGUACUGCUACGAUUGUCAUGCCUGUUACCACACCAGAGAUCAAGAUUGAAGCAGUUAAGAACUUGGAUGGUAAAGUAGUUCUACAUGGUGACACAUUUGAUAAAGCUCAGGAACAUGCUUUAAAGUUGGCUGAAGAUGAAGGUCUCACAUUCAUCCCGCCUUUCGAUCACCCAGAUGUGAUCAUAGGCCAAGGUACAAUUGGAACGGAGAUUAAUCGUCAACUUAAAGAUAUACAUGCAGUAUUUGUGCCUGUAGGAGGAGGAGGUUUAAUAGCUGGUGUUGCUGCAUAUUUCAAAAGGGUUGCUCCUCAUACAAAGAUUAUUGGAGUUGAGCCAUUUGGUGCAAGUUCAAUGACACAAUCUUUGUACCAUGGAGAAAGAGUAAAGUUGGAACAAGUUGAUAAUUUUGCAGAUGGCGUAGCUGUUGCACUAGUUGGUGAAGAAACUUUCCGUCUUUGCAAAGAUUUAAUAGACGGAAUGGUCUUAGUCAGUAACGAUGCUAUUAGUGCUGCAGUAAAGGAUGUGUACGACGAAGGACGGAACAUAUUAGAGACAUCAGGUGCACUUGCCAUAGCUGGAGCUGAAGCUUACUGCAAAUACUAUAACAUAAAGGGCGAAAACGUUGUAGCAAUUGCUAGUGGAGCCAAUAUGGACUUCAGCAAACUAAAAUUAGUCGUCGAUUUAGCAGAUAUUGGUGGACAGAGGGAAGCUCUGCUGGCUACUUUUAUGCCAGAAGAACCAGGAAGCUUCAAAAAAUUCUGCGAACUUGUGGGACCUAUGAAUAUUACUGAAUUUAAGUACAGAUAUAAUUCUGGAAGAAAACAAGCUCUGGUACUCUACAGUGUUGGUGUUAAUACAAAAUCGGAUCUUGAGUCAAUGUUGGAGAGGAUGAAAUCAUCACAGCUGAAUACUGUCAAUCUCACAAAUAAUAAUUUGGUCAAAGAACAUCUAAGGCAUUUGAUGGGAGGCAGAUCAGAACCAAGUAAUGAGAUUUUCUGUCAAUUCAUAUUUCCUGAGAAGCCUGGAGCUUUAAGGAAGUUUUUAGAUGCUUUCAGCCCUCGUUGGAAUAUAAGUUUGUUCCAUUAUCGUGAACAGGGAGAACUUGAUGCAAGUGUGUUAGUUGGAUUCCAAGUUCCAAAAGGUGAGAUAGAAGAGUUCCGAGUUCAAGCUAACAAUCUUGGUUAUUCAUAUGAAAUCGAGAGUCUCAACGAGGCUUCUCAACUUAUAAUGGAGUGAACAAGAUUGAUGUAUUACUUAGUACUAGAGUAUUUGGCUACUACUGAUAGAGCAAUAAAGUUGCAGUUAUUGCAAUUCGAAUAAUUUAUGAAUUAACUUGUUGUAAGUUAAUUUUCUCUGUCAGUGGAAGCUAGUAGAUUUGGUAUGAAUAAUGAUCCUUUGUGUCUUAUCUAAUGGUCUUUAGUUCCAUUAAGAAAUAAGUUUGUAUAUCAACUAGUACUUCUUUAAAUA